AGUAAAAAUAAAGAAGAAAAAGAAAAUGUUUCUUUGAAAAAAUCUUUAGAAAGUAAUCGUUCGUGAGGAGACUGUACGAGAACUCGGUACGUACACGUGUUAUUAGAGUGACCGCCGAGGCAGCCUAAUUAUGCAAAACCACAUUCGCGUGUUCGGCCAGUGGCGAACGUUGUAAAACGAGCAAGUAUGUGUAUGACUUGGAAAAGGCGUACACACGGCAGCAUAAGAACAACGACGUAGAGGUGGACAAAAUUUGAGAGACCGCCUGCCAUUGAGACGAAAUCGACCGCGAACGAAUGUACAGGGAAGUAAUAAUGUUCGGUGGGUGAUUUCUCCUUCAAUAUAUCCAUUCAUUUUUCUUCUUAUGAAAAAUCAACGAAAGUAAAAUUUAUUAAUAGAAAAGUGACUCUAGACGAGUAUAGUUUUAACAAACGGAGUCUUUAUAAUCGUUCGUAGAAACCUUCCGUGCAUAUAGAUCCCCAUAAACCGAUAAGAACCAGUUUUAGAUUUGAAAUUAUCGGCCGGAAUUGCUAAGCCACGUAACUACAUUCCGUGAAUUUUUUCUUUCCUUUUCUAUAAAGGUUCACCUAAGUCGACAUAUUUCAGAUAACAAUCUACCUUUCAAGUUAGUUCCUAACUCAAUCAAAGAUAGUAUUACAAAGACAUAUAAGUAAAAUAGUGAAACAAAGAAUAUAGAGUACCAUUAACUCCUAUAUUCCAUUGUCUCAAACACAAAAUAGGAUCUAAAUAUUCAUUUUGGACAAUGAAAAAGAAAACUGAGAACAAGAAUCGACUCCACGAGUUCUCGAUAAUUUUGUAAGAAGAAUUGAGGGCCCCAGAUAGAGUCGGUCCGUGGUUGGUAUCCGUUUGAUAGCAGAUAGCAGGCCGAACGACGCUGGUAUGUUCUCAUUACGCGUCGUGCAGGUAUGCGGUGGCCGGUUCGUGGGUCCCGUGCACGUAGUAACACCGUCUUGGUCCAUCUCUCUCUCUCUCUCCCCCCCCCUCUCUCUCUCUCUCUCUUUCUUUCAUUUUCUCAUAUUCUCUUCUCCUUCCUCUUAACUUUCACGGAGCUUGGCAUCCCUUCCAAUCGGAUCCCGCCUUUAUGUCCUUCUCUUUGACUCCCUGAGCGGAAUAAAGCGACGAUUCCAACGAGUCACCGUGCGGCAAAUCGACGCACCGCACAAGAAAGUGCUUCGAGUCACACAAAUUUAAGGACAGGUCCUUUUAGAGUCAGUUCGAUCGAAACGUAGUAGAAGUUCCUUCUUUUACAUUUUCGAAACUAACUUUUCGCUGUUUAUCUUAGCCCAUUCGAACUCGUUGAAAUCUUUGUAUCUUCUCUUCUCUUCUCUCUCUCUCUCACUCUCUCUCUCUCUCUCUCUCUCUCUCUCUCUCUCUCUCUCUCUCUCUCUCUCUCUAUCUCUCUCCAACUUUGAACGGUGAUCUUCUCGGUGACGUUGCUCGCUGGACGCUGGCGAUCGUAGUCCUCGAGAUACGUUAUGGUAGUAGUAACACUCCGAUGUGGUGGAAUGGAUCGACCAUGUGAAAGAGAGAGAGAGAGAAAAAGAGAGAAGAGGGAACUAGUUCACCGAAGAAAACGACGCCAGAGGCAGUUGCAUGCUGUACCAAUCGUUCUCUUCUUCUUCUUCGUAACUUCGUAUAGCGAAUAUCGAGAAUAUUCGGAUAUCUUUUAAGAUUUUUCUUAUGACUGUUGCUUUUCCAAAAUUUUCAUGAGGAAAAGUCAAAAAGAAACGAGAAAGACAUGUGUCUUUUUUCGUUUUUAAAAAGAAGCAACUCGCAAAAGUAUUAUCGUAAAGCUUCCGAAACGUUGAGCAACACGAUAACUCAAUCCUCAGAGAGAAAGAGAGAGAAUGUAACCGAGUAUGUACUCAGGCCCUUCUUAUCUCGAGGAUGCACACUGAAAACACAGGCCAUGCGAUUGAUUCGUUCGUCCUACCAGAUACCUGCCACGUUUAAGUUUCGAUGCGGUCAACCGUGAGAGGAGAGUCUCAGGCCAUUGGUUUCGCUCGUUUCGGAAAAAGACCGAGAAACCACGGAGAGUCAUAAAGCAAUAAACGGCGCGUUUCCUCGAUUACGAGAAUCUUAUCGUCUUUAUUACCGAUAUAGAAUGUAAUAACUCGAAAGUCGAUUGCUUAAAAUAUGAAGAAACGAAACAAGGAAAAGAUAAAGAAAUAAAGAAAUCGAUUUUCGAGUUCAUCUUAAAAAAAAAAAGUCGAAUCUCCAAGAACUUGGUUCGCAGCUGAUCGCGAUGAUUUGCAUGUUGACUCGUAAUUUCAAAUGGAAACUAAGAAGAACUAGGAGCGUCAGUCCAAGAAGGUAGAAUGAAUCGGUUCUCAGGUGUAAAACCGGCUGGGCGUCGGCGGCUGCUGCCAGAAGAAAGAGACGGAAAGGGAAAAAAAGAAGUAGCGAAGGGGCAGGGAGCAAGGAGGGUGAUAAGAAGUCUUCGAUAUGCCGACGGAUCUAGUCGUGACGCCGGCUUCGGCCACGGCUUCUGAAGAAUCCAGCAGAGGUCGUGACCUACCACUUGGUCCGUCUUCGCGAUCUGCUCCAUCAUCUUCAGGGACAUCUUCUUCAGGCUCUUCUGGACAGUCGUCCUCUAGAGGAUUCGAUCCUUCCGGUGCCCUCGCGGCUUAUCAUCAACAUCGACAUGGCUUAGUAACUGGUCUAGGUCAUCCUCAUCAUCGGGAAUCAUCCGCUUUUGUACCCGUCGUACCUUCCAGAUUGCAUCUCGCUCCUUAUCCCGGCGAGAUGCAUCCUCAUCUUCCCGGAUUACCACCUUCCUCGUCUACCAGCGGAAAUUCGGAUCAUGAAGUUGGUCCCGAACAAUCAGUGGCUAGAAAAGGAUCGUCCAGUUACGAAAUUAUGGCCAUGAUGGCCGAUAAAAGAAAAGAAUUGGCAGCGAGAGCUCUACUUCUUCCACCGCCACCUCUUUUGGAACCACCACCUGGAUACCCAGUUUUUGCAGGUCCUUUUCCUGGUAGUUCUGCUCUCUAUCCUCCGGGUGGACCAUUGGCUCAUCAGCAUCUCGAUCGAAGAUUAUUGAGAGCUCCCGGCAGAGCAUCCAGGCCGAAAAAGCAAUUUAUAUGUAAAUUUUGUAACCGUCAGUUCACGAAAUCCUAUAAUCUUCUCAUUCACGAAAGGACACAUACGGAUGAGAGACCGUACUCGUGCGAUAUUUGCGGUAAGGCCUUCAGACGGCAGGAUCAUCUUCGAGAUCACAGGUAUAUCCAUAGCAAAGAGAAACCGUUCAAAUGUGGCGAGUGUGGCAAAGGUUUCUGUCAAAGUCGCACUUUGGCUGUACAUAAGAUUCUUCAUAUGGAGGAAUCACCACAUAAGUGUCCGGUAUGCGCGAGAAGUUUCAAUCAACGCAGUAACCUAAAGACUCAUCUUUUGACACAUACGGAUCACAAACCAUACGAAUGUACGUCCUGCGGAAAAGUUUUCCGUAGGAAUUGUGACCUCAGGAGGCAUGCACUGACUCAUGCGGUUGGUGACGUUCCUCCAGAGGCUUUGGAAGAGGCACUUAGGGACGAUGAUAGUCCAGAAGAAGAUUGUGGUCCGGAAUCAGGUUCAUCCAUACCUUCGUCUUCUUCGACGAAUUCAUCGCUAGCAAGCACGUCGGCGAGUACUUCUGGUUAUCAAACUCAAGCCCAAUCGAUACCAGGCCCACCACCACCACCACCUCCAGCAUCAACAGCAGCACCUGUAUCUGCACCAACAUCAGCACCAACUCCAUCGACAGCAUCAGCACCAACUCCGGUACCAGCUCCUCCGCUUCGACAGAGGCCUCAAUUACAGAUCAGAAGAGAUCUCUUGCCUACCGUAAAACCUUCCACGAUAACCAGCAGUAGUUCAACUCAUUCCAAUACGCAAAAUCCUCCAGCACCUUUGCCACCACCUCCUCCUCUGAUACUCUCGUCGUAUCGUCGAAGACUCGGUUCACCAGGUCCAUCGAGAGUUUUCUUAGAACUUCAGGAACGAGAACGUGAAAGAGAGCGGGAAAUGAAACAAAACAGAGAAAGAGAUCGUGAAAGAGAACGCGAAGAAGAAAUUGAAAGGCCACCAAGAGCACCCACUCCACAGCCACCUCCACCACCCAGGCCUGCACCUACCAGGCAAGGAUUCACGAUCGCCGAUAUCAUGCGUCGAUAGAAAAUUAUUGUAUUAUACCAAUUCUAUCGAACGUUCUCUAACGAAAAGAAUAAUUCGAAAGUAAUUGAAGAUCAAACAAUUAUCUACAUCCUACGUCUUCCGUACUUAUAUUUUCCAACUGUACAUAUACGAUGUGUUCCUUUGAGAACACAUACAACUUUAACGACCAUUAUUAUUAUGUGCCAGCGAAGUUAUAUCUCUAGUCGCGGUGCCCAUACGAUUUGGAUUUUAUCAGCGUCAUCUAAAAAGAUUUAAAAAAGUAUUGCCGAAGCGUGCCUUUUUACGUUAGUCAAACAUUUAAAAGUUAAAAAAAGAUAUAUUGAUAUGGUUUUUGAAAAUACACAGUCUUUUAGCAAGUAAAUUGGAUGAUAAGAAGUGGAACUAUUAUCGGAAUAACGAAAAUGUGCCUUUUGUACGAAUGUACUACUUAUCAUUCAUUUUACAUUAAUCGACUAAAUAUUUGGGAUAUAGUACUGAUCGUCCUGUAGAAGAUACAUGAAGAAUCGAAUAGUAAAUAGUGAAAAGGAAUAAAAUGGAGAAAAAGAAAAAAGAAGAAGAAAGAAAUAAAAAGAAAAGACAAUAAGCCAAAGUGCUUUGUCUCUCGUAAAUUUUGGAGAAGGGGUAAUGCAAAUUUCGUGGUCACGGUAGAACCUGUGCCACUGUUGCCACGAUGGUAGCAGGUGCAAUACGGUGUCGAAACUACUUGAAUCCCACUUUUAGUACUACCUGCUCCUGCUCGCAUCUAAAAAUAUUCCGACCCUCGACGAAUGCUGCCUUCUUUUUUCCCUUUGCUCCUGAGAGAGGAACCAUUAAGGGUCCUUUUGUGUUCGACCACAAAAAGGACCUUUGUGUCUGUGUUAUGCGACCGACCAAAACUAUAUUUUCUUCUCAGUAAAUCCUGUAAAAAUUCUAGGAUGAGAGAGAAAGAAAAUUAUUUUUCUUCUUUUUCUUUUUUUUUUUCUUUUUUUUUUUUUUUUCUUUAUUCUUUUCUUCUGGAUAAGUGUAUUCGUGUUUACCGAAACUUCGAACAUUAGGGAUGAUAAAUCUUGAAUGAAAAUUAUUAUAUUCGAGAGAAACAAGAAAGACACCGAUGUCUUCCAUUUUAAAGAAAAUCAUUUUAUUCGGAAUCAUUAAGACGACAGAUCUGUUAAAAAUAGGUCGAAAAUUAUUACAGCGUUGUACUAUUAUUGAUAAUGGACAACACAGUAUAUAGGAAUUUAAUUCCGCGUUUGUGUUAUCUCCCAAGAGAAUGGGAAUUAAAAUGAGGAUUUUUUUUUAGAGAGAGAGUGUAUAGUGAUAUCUACGAUGUACAAUGUACUACGUACAAUGACGGCCGUCCAAGCGAUAAUUUACAAAAGCACAAAGACGAGCUAAAUCUCCUGUUAUUUUAUACGUUUUCUGUUUAUGCUCAACAUAAAUAUCUAUAUUUUUAGAUUUAUACGUGCGUUAAGUAAGUUUGUAAAUUAUAUAUUAAGACAGAUGAAAAAUAAAAGAUACUACACAAAUACAAACAUAAGGCAACAUUGAAAAGAGCAACAAGUUGCUAAGUUUCUCUUACCUAUACCCGCAGAAUCAUUCAAAAGACAUCUAACAAAACAUCUAUAAAUUUACAUAAUCGUAAAUUAUUAAAAAAAAAUUAAACUACGAUAUCAUUAUUUCCGUGAAUAGACUGCGUAGAUCUAUGCUUUACAUAGUAGCAUUAGAGAAUAAUGUCUUUGUAUCGUAAAACUAGUAUAAUAAUGUUCGUAUUAAUUUUAUAAUAUGUAUUAAUAAUAAUGAAUAAGAGUACUUGCGAGAAACUACUGUACCUACAAUUAAUCAUUUAGUAUUUCUUCAUUCGAUAAAGAAAUUAUAUU